AUGCCGAAGUACAAGACGCUGACGCUUCGGGAGAAGGUGUCCUUAAUCAAGGAGGCAGCGAAGUCGACGUGCACGAAGACGCAACUUGCAGAGAAGUACAAGAUGCCUUUGUCGACGCUUUCAACCAUUUUGAAAAAUAAGGAGAAGGUGUUCGAGGCUUACGGGAAGACUCAUUCAUCGAAACGAUCCAGGAUUCGUCUUCCAACGUAUCCGGACGUUGAAGUCGCUUUAAUGAAGUGGCUCCAGCAUGCAAACGCCGCUCACCUACCCGUGAACGGCACCAUUCUUCGGGAGAAGGCCGAUGAGCUGGCACUGCGCCUUGGACACGAAGGCUUCAAGUGCAGUAACGGCUGGUUCUCUCGGUUUAAGGAGCGAAACAACCUUACGUACUUAACAGUGUGUGGGGAAAGCGGUAGCACGGACUCAAACGUCGUUGACGUCUGGCAGAAACAUACUUUAGCACCGCUGCUUCAGGAGUUUGCAGAGGACGAAGUCUACAACUUGGAUGAGGCAGCUUUAUUUUAUAAGAUGCGUCCUUCAAAAACAUUUGCUGCAAAGGAUACCACUGUCUCGGGGAGAAAGCAGCCUAAGGAAAGGAUAUCUAUUUUUUUCGGCGCGAACAUGUCGGGAAACGACAAGCUCCCAUUGCUCGUCAUCGGCCGGGCGGGUAAGCCUAGGUGCUUCAAGAACGCGCGCCUUCCCACAAAAGAUAUCGUCAUAUACAGGCAUAACAAGAAGGCCUGGAUGAUGGCGGCAAUAUUCGAGGAGUACGUAUGGCUUCUCGACCGGAAGUUUGCUGCCAAAGGGCGGAAAGUGCUCUUUGUAAUCGACAACUGCCUGGCCCACGGUGUCAUCGGGAACCUGAAAGCUGUCAAGAUCGUCUUCCUCCCUGCAAAUACAACAGCGAUAUCGCAGCCGAUGGACCAAGGGGUGAUUCUGCAAACAAGGAAGAUUUACCGCCACCACCUGUUGAAGCGAGUUUUGCUCUGCUACGACAGUGGAAAGCAGUACAACAUCGACCUCCUUGGUGCGAUAUGUUUGAUUGCCUUUGCCUGGAAGGAGUUGGAGCCAAAGGUCAUCAGGCGCUGCUUUGAGCAUGCCGGGUUCCGAAAAGAAGGUGGCGAAGGUCAGGAUGACGCGUGCAGCUCCUCCUGUCUAGACGAUGAGGGAGACUCGAUGUGUGCCCGGAUCACAGACUUCAGCGAAGAUGACGGCGACGGACUAGGCUUUGCAGAGUAA